GAGCUCCUGCAAACGCCCGCUAUGGAGUAGCGGCAGUAGCAGCAGCAGCGGCCGAGGCAGCAACUACCACCAGCGGCUCACGGAAACAACGCAUCCUCACGCCCGAUACGUGAUGCGUGAGCCUGUAACAGCCCGUGACAUCCACACAACAACAACAACAACACAAACAACGAUACAACGAGCAGGCGCGGGAGAAGAAACACAUCAGCGAUGAAGGCCCCAUGUCCGCGGGGCCUACGGGCUUUCCUGAGCAGCCUGGCCGGGUUCGCGCUCGGAUUCUCGGCAGCCACUUGGCUCUUCUCGCCCUGGGCAGCGCAGCGAGCCGGCAGUGGCGGCAGUGGCGUCGUUCCCACCGGGGUUCACUGCUGGUGGCAGGGCGGCUUCGGGCGAGGGGGAGCUCUACUGAUGGGCGCCGGGAGAAGCGGUGCGUCGUCAUUCUCGUUUGCAUUCUCUUUCCCAUUCGCGUCGUCCUCGGCCUCCCGGGAGGAGACGGAGUGGGGAGGAGUGCGGACCCGCAGCUUCGUCUACGUCGGGGUCAUCACGGCGCACAAGUACCUGUCCACUCGCGCCUGGGCCGCCUAUCGAACUUGGGCCCCCACUGUGCCCGGCCGCGUUGACUUCUUCACCAGCGAUGGAUCCAGCACCGAGCUGCCGCUGCCGCUGGUGGCGCUGCCCGGCGUGGACGACGUCUACCCGCCGCAGAAGAAGUCGUUCAUGAUGCUGAAGUACAUGCACGACCACUACCUGGACCAAUUCGAGUGGUUCGUGCGCGCCGACGACGACGCCUACAUUCGCGGGGAUCGCCUCGAGCAGUUCCUGCGCCGCCUCAACAGCAGCGAGCCGCACUACCUGGGCCAGACGGGGCUGGGCACCACCGAGGAGCUGGGCAAGCUGGCGCUGGAGCCCGGCGAGAACUUCUGCAUGGGUGGCCCGGGAAUGGUGUUCAGCCGGGAGGCGCUUAGGAGGCUGGCGCCCAACGUGGGGCCGUGCCUGCGCGAGAUGCACACGGGGCACGAGGACGUGGAGGUGGGGCGGUGCGUGCGGAGGUUCGCCGACACGCAGUGCGUGUGGUCCUAUGAGAUGCAGCAGCUGUUCUACGAGCACUACGAACGCAACAAGCGCGGCUACAUCCAAGAUCUGCCGGCGAGCAAACUGCACCGCGCCAUCACUCUGCACCCCAACAAGCGCCCCGCGUACCAGUACCGCCUGCACUCGCUGCUGCUCGCUUCACGUGCCCAAGAGCUGCGCCACAAGACCAUCGAGCUGCACCGGCAGAUCCUGCAGACUGCGACGGAGGCUCAGCAGCUGCUCGAUAACGGCGGCGACGACGAAGCCAGCGCCGCCUUGGACGUGUCGUCAGAGGACCGGCGCCUUGGCGCCUCGCCCUCCUUCAUGCGCUUCCACCCGCGCGACCGCCAGCACGUGCUCGAGUGGGACUUCUUCACCGGCACGCACCUCUGGUCGGCGCGCGCCGGCGCCCAGGGCCCCCGCCAAGCCCUGAGCGGCGGCGCCCUCCGCUCGGCGCUUGACGGCACCGUCGUGGCCCAGCUCAUGGAAAUGAUCGACGCCCGCGCUAGGGCGCGCCGGCGAGCCAUCGAUUUCCGCGAGAUCCUGUACGGCUACGCGCGCGUCAACCCGCUGCACGGCGCCGACUACGUGCUGGACGUCCUCAUGACGUACCGCCGCAGCGAGGGCAAGCGCGCCGCCGUGCCGGUGCGCCGCCACGCCUACCUGCAGCAGACGUUCGGCCGCGCCGAAUUCGCCGAGGAGCGCGAGAUGCAAGCCGCCGAGUUCGCCGCGGCCGUGGACGCUAGCGCCGCCGCCGCAGCUGCCGCCGCUUCGGCCGACGGCGGCGGUAUCGCCGGCGGUAAUGCCGGCGACGGUUCGUUGCUCGCGGUGAAGCUAUCGAACUCGCUCGGGCUCUUCGCGCCGUUCGGCCGCACCCCCGUUGAGGCGGUGCUGGCGGCCGCCGGGCCCAGCCGGGAGAGGAUCCACAUGCUGGUGCCGCUGGCCGGGCGGUACAAGGCGUUUGUCAGGUUCAUGGAGAACUUUGAGCGCGUGUGCCUGGCUCGCCCGCAGAACAUUAAGCUGGUGCUGCUGCUGUUUCGCCCUUCGAGCGACGACGGCGGCGGUGGCGGCGGCGACGGGGACGCGGUGGGAAGACCCGAGGCAUUGGUAGAGGAGUACCGCCGGCGCUACCCGAAGGCGGAGAUAGAGGUGCUGAGCGUGACCGGGCCUUUUUCGCGAGGCCUGGCUCUGGAGGUGGGGUCGUCGCAGUUUCCCGGCGAUGCCCUCCUCUUCUUCUGCGACGUUGACCUGGCCUUCACAGCCGACGCCCUGCAGCGCUGCCGGGACAACGCCGGUCGCGUCGAUCCCACCACCGGCAGCGCCAACGACGACGGGAGGGUUGGCCAAGUCUACUUCCCAGUCAUCUUCAGCCAGUAUGAUCCGCGCAUCGUCCACUCUGGGGGCGGCCGCUCGCCCACGAGCGACGACGGCGACGGUCGCCACGACGACGACGACCCCUUCGACUUCUCCGAUCGCGCCGGAAUGUGGCGCGCGUUCGGCUACGGCAUCGCCUGCCUGCAUCGCGCCGACCUGGCCCGUGCCGGCGGUUUCGACACAUCGAUUACGGGCUGGGGACUCGAGGACGUCGACUUGUUCGGCAAGGUGGUGGCGGCUCGUGCCGGCGGCGGUGCCGGUGGCGGGCUAGCCGUGUUCCGCAGCCCGGACCCCGGCGUGGCUCACCUCCACCACGAGGUGCGGUGCGACCCGGCGUUGGAGCCGAGGCAGCUGCGCAUGUGCCGCAACUCGAAGGCGUCGACGUUGGGAUCGGCGAGGCAGCUGGCGCACACGUGGCUGGCGCACGCCGAAGCCGCCGCCGUGGCCGCCGCUGGGGAAGACGAAGGAGGGGGACGGGGGCCGGGGAGGUUGGGCCCGACGGCCACCGACGUUGUUGGCGGCGGCGACGGUGCCGCGAGUCGGUAACCGCAAGCGCCGGCGCGUCAAAUCGAUUUCCUCGGCGGCGCCAUCGACGUACAACAGAUGGGCGCGUGCUGGUAGGGGGUGGGAGUGGGGGGUGAGCAAUGGCGGCGCCGUUGGAUUUCAACGGAGUUAGGCCAAACAUCCCAAAGUUGCAGGACACUCAUGAAGACUUGAGACUCGGCCAGGCUUUACUGGUAAAUAGUUGAUAUUAUAAUUACACUGUAAAAAUUAAUACACAUGAAAGUUUUCCUGGGCCCAUAUAUAUAUUUUUUUUAUCAAUUUGGGUCGGACUAUUUAUAUUUCAUAGUGACGCAGUUUCAACGCGCCUGUGCCGAUGUUCUGUGGCGCACUCAUUUCAUUAAAACCACAUCGGCGAGAGGUCAGAACGCGGGGAUAGCACCAGAGAUUCCUGAACGCAAAUGCAGAUUUCAGCUGCCUGUUCUUUUAAGGCAGGUUUCUCAAGUGUAGCGAGCUUAUCGCCCUCAGCCUGAUCAUCAGCGACUCGCAGAGACCCUUAAUCUGGCUAAAUUUCAGCUCUGAGAUUUAAAAAAAUAUCUGUUCGACCAUCAUGCAACGAACAUUAAUAGGGGUUUUCCCCUUUUUUCUGGCAAAAAAACUGACACCUUUUGCAAGGAAUCAUGCUUACAUUAACCACAAUACUUGCAGUCAAAUGCAAACAAAAAACAAUACUCUGAUAAUUUAUGCAUUGUCUUUGAAACUGAUUGGUCCACACCAGACAGCUUUCUUUAGAGCCUAGUCUCAUAUGAUUUGACUGCAAGUAUUGUAGUUAAUGUAAGCAUGAUUCCUUGCAAAAGGUGUCAGUUUUGUUGCCAGAAAAAAGGGGAAAAACCCUAUUAGUAUAUUUUGGUACUGGCAAAGGAGGUCCCAUGAUGAACAUUACUCC